CAACCUUGAAGCUCCGCAGCCCGCAAGUCAAUCGGCGCCUUUCCGAUCCCCCACGAACUCCCACGAACCCCCAGAACUCGGAAGCAAACAUGUCUUUAUCAUGCCGGUACGCGGCUCAGAGCUGCGCGCGUCAGCUGCGCUCUUCAGGCUCGCUCCGGGCCUCGGGAUCCCUCCUCCGACAUAAGAUCGCAAGGCGGCACAACUCGACAGAGGCAGUGAGCCCCAAGAUCGUCGGGAUCGUAGACCAGAUCAGCCAAUUGACCCUGCUGGAGACCGCAGACCUCGUAUCCAGCUUGAAGUCGCGACUAAACAUCCCCGACCUGCCUGUCGGCGGCUUCGCAGCGGCUGCGGGACCGGCCGCACCGGCGGCAGCAGAGGCAGACGCCGCCGACGAGGCUGCUCCGGCGGCAGCGGAGAAGACCAUGUUCGCCGUGAAGCUCAUGUCGUUCGAGGCCGGGUCGAAACCCAAGGUCAUCAAGGAGGUCAAGAACCUGCUCGGCCUUAGCUUGGUCGACUCGAAGAAGUUUGUCGAGAGCGCCCCCAAGACCAUGAAGGAUUCGGUGCCGAAGGACGAGGCGGAGAAGAUUGUGGCGACCCUGAAGGCGCUCGGCGCUACGGUUGCCAUGGAGUAGGAGGGCAGAGAGACGUGUCGUGUCUAGCUGGGAAGCAUGGGGGGGUGCUGGAUUACUGGAUGUUACGAUUAAAAAGCAUCAUCCUUUUGCAUGUACAAAACAGCAUGUAACAUUAUAUACAAUACAGUCGACGAUGUCGUCUCUUCAGCUCGUGCCGCUUGACAAGCGCCUGUCUUCUUCCUUUGGGAGUGUCCACGAAUAUCAAGCUCGAUAUCAGAUCCGACCUUGAUAUCCUCAGGAG